CAAUGUUGGAUGGGAUUGGCCUUGGGAGGAAGAUUCGUACAAGUCUUUGCGAGAGCACCAAGCAUCUCCCCCUCUCAUAUUCUUUUGUGCUCCCCACCAUAAGUCACAAUUUCCCUAAAAUCCAAACCAUGAACUCCUCAACUUUCCACUCCGUCCUCCUCAAAUAUUAAUCCUGCAUUCCCCUCACUUGUAAUUUUCUCUCUUCCAAGGGCAAGACCACGACUCUUGCCAUUCCCAGCAAGAUAUUGUUCCCUUUCUCCCAAUUUAUUGCCAGCAGAAUUUGCUGGCAAUAAAAGAGAGAUUGUCUAAUGAGUCCCAAUGACACUUCAAAUUCUAGAAAAGCCUUGCAAUGUGUACAUGGGAUUCAUGUUGUACCCCAAUCACCUUUCCAUUUGGAGGUGAUUACUCGACAAGAGGGGUUCCCUCAAUCGCACUGUGAAAGUUCAUCUAAUAGAGCAGAUCAGCCAUCAUUAUUCUGGAAAUUAUGGGAGCAAAGGCCAGGAUGUUUGCGGCCUAUCAAGUGUUGCGUUCACGGUGAUAACUUCUCAGAAACGGUUGCUAAUGUGUUAACAUCACUUCCAUUUGUUGCUCUUGGUAUGCAGGCUCCAAGAAAGGAUCUAAAUACCAAACUGUAUGCUAACUCGUUAAUCGGGGUUGGAAUCACAUCAAGCUUGUAUCACUCCUCAAGGGGAGAAGUUAGGAAGUACUUGAGGUGGCUUGACUAUGCAAUGAUAGCAGCUACCACUGUGUCGGAAACUUACAAAAAGCAUUGUGUUAUGCAGUGUCUAUCAAGAGCCUUGAGAAAUGAGAACCCGAAGCUGUUGAUGGCAGCAUCUGCAGUAUUACUGCCUAUCCAGCCGCUGAUGGUAUCUGCAGUCCACACAGGAAUGAUGGAGGUGGCAUUUGCUAAAAGAGCAUUAGAAGAUCCAGAGUUAAGGAACAUACACACCAUGCAUAAGAUGUCUUCCUUGUUGGGAGGUGCUCUCUUCAUUGCCGACGAUCUGUUCCCCCAGGCACCAUUUCUUCAUGCUGGUUGGCAUCUUGCUGCAGCUGUUGGGGUCGGCACCUGCCACAAACUCCUUUAGUAGGCCGCGCAGUAAUUGUAAGAGUUGUAGCAGCAGCAUAUAUUACACUAUAGUCUUUGUAUAUUAGACAUGAAAUGAAGUUAGGGUCAGGUGAGGUGAGUAUGAUUUUUCAAUCCGUCGACAUGGCAACAGCUGCACCUUGCUUAAAGCUCUAUUUUUUCCUGGAUUCGUCGACAUGGCAACAGAGUCCCGUAGCUUCUUGCAACACUCAAUUUUGUAGUUUACUUGUUUAGAUUCAACUGAAAUAAAUGUGCGGUUCAAAUCAAC